GCCGCCAUUUUGUGAGGGGGACCGGCGGCCGCUGCCCGUUAACGGCGCUGCGGGGCGGGUGCCGGGCCGUGGGCUCCGGCCGCUCUUCCUUCCUCUUCGCGCUUGCUUCUCCUUUCUCGCCCUUCUCCGCCUUUCCCUCCCCUUUCCUUCCCUCUCAGGCUCGCCGCCCUCCCUCCGCUUUUGUUAUCCCUCCUCCGAUCCCCGCCCCGCCGGCACUGCGGAGCCGUGACCCGUGAGCACCCAGCCGCGGCCUUUUCCCCGCUGCUCCAGCCUCUCGCCGCAGAGUCGCAUGUCAUCUAUCCAGAACCUCCAGUCCUUCGACCCCUUUGCUGAUGCAACAAAGGGUGACGACUUACUCCCGGCGGGGACUGAGGAUUACAUUCAUAUAAGGAUCCAGCAACGGAACGGAAGAAAGACACUGACAACUGUUCAGGGGAUUGCAGAUGAUUAUGACAAGAAGAAACUUGUGAAAGCUUUCAAAAAGAAAUUUGCUUGUAAUGGUACUGUGAUUGAACAUCCCGAAUACGGUGAAGUUAUCCAGCUUCAAGGUGACCAGAGGAAGAACAUUUGCCAAUUCCUCUUGGAGAUUGGCAUUGUCAAGGAAGAACAACUGAAAGUUCAUGGUUUCUAAAAUACCUGUACUCUCAUGAAGAACCCUGCUUGUUUGGCUUUUCUCUGAAAAUGAAUCUUUGCAGUGAAUGGACUUCCCUGUUACCUGGACGUUUAAAACUUGAUUCAGAUUUGCAUGACUGUGUGAAACAUGUGGUGUGUAGCCCAGAAACGCAUAAGAAAACUUCAGUAAGGUGGUUAUGAAGACACAUGAGAACUUUAACACAUUUCCAAUGGAAAUGUUUUAGUGAUGAUUGUUCAGUUUAGUACUCUCCACCUGACUUAAAAUGUGUGGGUUGUAUUAAAAUAGUGUGUCUUGAUGCAUAAAAAUAAAAGUUUAUUCAUAUAUUUUCUGGGAUAUCUGAAAUGCUUUAGCUUAAGUUUUAAGCUAGCACAGCAGCCUUACUAAAGAAUGGCUGAACUGUUUUGCAGCAAGCAUUAUGUCUCAGGGCUGAUUGAAUAAAUGGGAAAAUCUACCUGAUGAAGUAUUAGUUAAUUAAUCAGUAGAUUAGCUUGAUGUGAUCUUACCCUGUAGCUGUAAGACUAGAGCUUUAAAGUCUUUAGUGUAGGUGUAUCUUAGUAGCAGCAUGAUAUGACAUAAAUUGUUUGCUGAGUAAGUAACCGGAUCUUCUCUAAAUUUUACUGCAGUGACUAUGAUGUAUUAGUGUUAGGCAUAGUAAGAUUAAAAUAAGCUGACCUCCUUAAGGCUAUUACUGGGAACAUGCCAAAGGUUUAGGUCUUACAUAGCACUCCCAGAAAAUCCCAUGUACUUCCUUCAAAUGUUUUAUUUCCUGUGUCACUGAGUGAAGGAAAGGCAUUGAGCUGGCUUCUACCAUGACUGUGCAUUUAAUAUUGGCAAGCAGAGUGCUUUGAUUAGCUCAGAAGGAAGGAAGGUAACAGGCUCCACAAUAACCUUUGUUAUUCCUGGUAUCAAGUUUGCUGUGAUUAAUGGUUAAUAUGGAGGGGUUUGUUAUGGGGUUUGGGUGUUACUAUAGAAGGCUGGGUUAGUUUACUUUUCUCACAGGCAAUGCAUUCAGUGUUACCUGAAGUUAGAACAGGUUUGCUCCACCACAAUUUUCAUGUAGUUCCAGUUAGCUGCCAGCAUUUGGUAUUCUGCUUUUAAGACAUGCCUCUUUACAGAACAAAAUGCCUUCAUUUGGUGAAACAUGCAGAUCUUACCUUACUUGUCAGAUAGACUUGGAAAUUUUCUCUGAAACAAUUCAAAACAUGCUGAACUAGGAAACCAUAACUAUAGUGGGAAACGUUAAAAAAACUUCUUGUAAUAUCAUAUUGAUUCUCUGGAAAGGAAGAAAGAGACAUUGCUAAGACCAAUUCAUAACUUAGAAAAAAGAAUUGAUGACUACCUAAGUAAACACCAAGACUAGGCUAAACUGCAUUACUGAGUAUCACCUGUGCAUAUACUUAGUUUCCUGUUCAUGAUUGCCUUUUUAAAUAGAAAUGCUUAAUUUUAACUCAUACGGGCCUUUUGCUUCUGUUGUUACAUUUCUGAAUUCAGGAAUGAACCUUUAUGGCACUAGAAACAAUUUGGGGAGCAUUUUAGAGCAUUCACAUGACAAUUUCUUUCUCUGUCUGGUCUAGACAAUUCCACCUGUAAGAAUCCAGUGUCUCAAUCUCCACAAAAUUCUGCCUGGUGUUACAGAUCUUAACUCUUCCAGAGAAAGGAUGUUUCAGAAGAUGGUACACUGUUAAGGUAUAAUGUGUUCAAGAGGAGGAGGGAAUGCCUACAGGAAAAUGUGGAAUACACACAGAACAAAUAUCCCAGGCAUAAGUGUUACGCAAGUCUUGCACAUUAGCAGAAUAAAGUCAUUGCAAGUUUACCUAGUCCUGAUUCAUAAAUGUUAAAGGAAUUAAGUAUUUGGGGGUACAUAGCACUUGGUGAUUUUCAUUUUAUCAAAUGCCAGAAAAACUGAUAUUCUCAUUUAAGCCCAAGAGGAAAACCAAGCAGUAUCUUCUCCUAGUUUCACUGGUAUUACAUUAGUACUUCUAAGUGGGUUUUGAAUUGGAAAUUAACGAAUGAUUAGCAAGAGUCAUGUGUUACUGAAUCACUCUUCAUUUCAGAUGGCAUUCCACUAACUUUUGCUACCUAAGCUUGAGUCAUUUCUUCAUAGUCAUUCUGCUUGGAAUAAGUUAGAAAAACCUUUUUCUUCCUCCUUAUUUAAGUCCUAUCUGAUAGGAGGAGCCUUGCAGUUGAAAGCUGGCUCAAGUUUUAUGUUCUAGUGUUUUGACCUAUAAGAUACAAAAUUAAAAGGAGAGGGAAUAAGUAACAUGUUAGAAGUUUAAAUAGACGGGAUUUGUAACAAACAAGCUUUUAGAGGGAAAGCAGAAUUUUUUGUCACUGUAUUUUAAACUAGAACAGUGUCUCUAUAAGAUUGUAACUAGCCUUGUGUCAUGGCAGCUGGCAACCCAGAACCACGCAGCCACUCGCUCACUCCCUCCCCUUCCUCCCCCUGUUCCCAGAGGGACGGGUAGGAGAAUUGAAAGAAUGUAACUCCCGUGGGUUGAGAAAAAAACAGUCCAGUAACAAAGGUAUAACACAAACCACUGCUGCUACCGCCAAUAAUGAUAAGGGAAAUAACAAGGGAAGAGAAUACAACUGCUCCUCACCUGCUGGACGAUACCCAGCCUGACCCGAGCAGUGAUUUAGCCCUUCCGGGUAACUGCUCCCAGUUUCUAUACUGGGCAUGAUGUGCUCUGGUAUGGGAUACCUCUUUGGUUAGUUUGGGUCAGGUGUCCUGUCUCUGCUUCCUCCCAGCUUCCCCUCCUCCCUGGCAGAGCAUGAGACUCAGGAAGUUCUUGAUCAGACUAAACAUUACUGAACAACAACUAAAACAUCGGUGUUAUCAGCACUGUUCCCAGGCCGAAAGUCAAAACCACAGCACUGCACCAGCUACGAAGGAGGAAAAAAAUGACUGCUACUGCUGAACCCAGGACACCUUGUUAUAAACCCAAGCCUCUCUGCAUGUUCUAGAGGAAAGGCUUCAAUAAUUUCAUGUUUUAUCUUAUGCUGAAACUUCUUUGUCAAAGCUCAGCCUAUUUGGAAUAUAUAUCCCUUUUUCAAGACAGCUGAAAAACGUGGGAGACAUUGGGAAAUAAAUGCUUCUGUUACUUCCAUGAAAACCUGUUUUCACAGUGAUGGCAGGUUUCAAUCUUUCCAUCUAUUCAAAAAGAGAUUGAAAAAUGGUAAAGGAUGUGGCCCGUAAUUGUGGAGGCAGUAAAAGGGAGCUAACAAUGGAAAACAUUUUUAAUGUUUUUAAACCCACUAGAAGGACUCAUGACUGGGGAAGCUGAGACUGCAAAGAAUGGUGGCUUCUUUUUGUGGGAAUAUUGUGAAGUCUGUGUUCUACAGAUCUCCAAAUCAAGGUUGCCUUCUCUAGGCUUAACCACAAGCUGCAGCGAGCUGUAGGAACUGCUGUUAUAAAUUCACAGCCUUGCUGUGCCUAGCUGUAUUAGGCUGUUGUAGCUGCCUUUUCUAGAGUAAGGGAUUGCAUAAAUUCAUGGAAUUGUCUGUUCAGAGCCUACAUCUACUAAAUGCAGCUAUGAACAGUGAAACCGUUGCUUCUCAAAUGGUGGUAACAGUCCUUAUUUGUAGAAGAUUGAGUAAUUUGGAUCUGUGAGCUGCCUAUUUCCUCUUGUGUGAAUUGUCAGGCCCUUGAUCUCUACCUGUGGUCUGCUAAAUGUGGUCAUGUGUUUGAGAUGAGCAUGAAGAGCGCAACUGUGGGCAGAUGAGCAGUAAUUUUCUCAAGUGAAAGAAUCUCUGAAAAGAGUAGUGCCUGGAUUGUGUGUGUGUACUACCCAUUGGUUCAGUGGCUUUGCUAAACCUACUUCCUGCACGACAGUCUCGCAGAGCCUAAAUGAAAAGUGUUCUAUUCUGGAGAACUUUGGGGAGGGAGGAGGGAACCUCAUAAACAAAACAGCUUAGGAAAUGAGUUUGUAUCUUAAUUCUGUUUUCAUUAACUUAGAUUCUGAGCUGCAAGACCUCCAUAACAUUGUUAUUUCUGUGUCUUUAAAAAUCCUAAUUACAUUUCCUUGAGAGUUUGGCAUUUAUGGUUCUAAAUAUAUGUAAAGCCAUUAUAAAAAUUGUGAAGCAUUGCUGAAGCUUAAAUAUUUGAACAAAGCAAUAAUUAAAGCAGAGCUCUGUGUUUUGCCCUGUACUUCUUGUGAUGGGGAUGUGGUUGCCCUGAAGAUGUACCGGUAUUUACAGACCUGCCAGUAAGUGGAUAUCCUUGCUGUAGUGUGAUACCCUGCUUGUAGUUUUUGUGAGAUCUUAUCUAAUGUGCUGCACUGUUACAGGAUGUACUACUCUAAUUUUACAGUAUAGGACAGAGGUACUUUGAGUUCAGUCAGCAAUUGUAUUUUUUUCUUAGUCUUCCUGGAAGGCUCUGGUGUACAGGAUCCGUGUGUUACACCCUCGUUUAAAGAGGUUCAGUAGUUCCUCUUACUGUGUGAAAGUAUGUACGAGUAUUUAGCUAGUUAUAGAAUGGGGCCUUUUUAUUGCUUAUUUUGGGACACAGUAGGGGUUACUGUCACUUUUGGUGUGUGCAGUGUUUAUUGUCACAGGGUGUUCUGUAAAUUCGUGUGCCACUGCCAAUAAGGAAGUGGUAUUGGUCUUAGAGGUUCAGAUGUAUUAAGUACUAAGAGUCUGCCUUCCUCCUAAGACUCUCCAUAUGUCCAUACUCAGUUUAGUUAGGAACAUGUCCAUGCACAGCAACAUGAAGGUUAAUUCUCCAGUUGUCAGAUGAAAGUUUUUGAGGUGAAUAAGGCAAAAAUUACAUAGUUGUUUGAUAUUUGCUGUACAGAUGCUUCAUGCCUAUUCUUUCGAGUUUACAUUGAAAAGAAGAAAACCUGAGAAGAGGAUUCAUGCUUGGCAUGCCUUUUUAAUGUUUGGUACAUGUCCGUGAUUGAACUGUUGAUGAACAAGUCUUAACCUGUAUUGGAGUAUUGUUAGAGAGCUGAGACAACAAAAUCUUUGGAAGUAAAAUGUACCAGUGUUAUUUUAUGUAUGGUUUUCUAAAACAAAUUUAAUGUUACGUUAUUACUGAGGAGGGUUAUUUUUUUGGGUGGAAGAUAGAAGUAGUGUGAUUUAAUAGUGAUGUAUGUCAUCCUCUUGUAACUGGCUUUGAUGUUAUAUUUUCUCUUUUAAAUUUCUACCACAGUGUGUACUAACCAACUUAAAGAAGGAUUGUGACUUGUACUGGGAUGUCAUAGCUCUGAACCAGAAUGAUUUACGUCUAAAAUUUUGCAUAGAAGAGGAUCAUCCAGUUUCUUGAAUAAGCAAAAUGCAGUGGUUUAGGAUGAAGCUAAUAACAUGCUCAAGUUUGGUCUCAGCUAUUUUAGAACAUUUUGCAUCUGUGAAAUGUGACAGCACAUUUCUGAAAUUAAUUUGGGGUCUGAUUAAAAGUCCUUGUGUGGAUAAUAAAUGCUAUUUUCCUUUUUAA